AUGUCAGGCCCGUCUUCGAAUUGGUUAAAGCUUCAAGAGCAAUUGAAAAAGUCGUCGAAAGGAAAAGGAAAGGACAAAAAAUCGGAAACCCACCGCAAACGGACGCGAACGACAAGCAUAUCUUCGACGCGAUCCAUUUCACCAACACCUUCAGCAAUCUCCCACACCUCCCAUGUCUCCGAAAAGAUUGUCACAGUUGCAGGAUCGUCCUCUUCAUCUUCCAAACCCGGCAGAGAAAACGUCGGCACUCUGCAAAGCAUGGUCUUAGGCCACGAAGAACUAACCGAAAAACAAAAACUCCCAGGCAAGUAUCUCGCAUUGGAUUGCGAGAUGGUGGGUGUGGGGAUUGAUGGAGAGGAGUCGUCGCUUGCGCGAGUUAGUUUGGUUAACUUUUAUGGGGAGGUCAUCAUGGAUGAGUUUGUACGCCAACGGGAGAGGGUUGUGGAUUAUCGAACGCAGUGGUCUGGUAUCCGGGAGAGUGACAUGGUUCACGCAAAACUUUUCCUUGAGGUACAAAAACAGGUAGCAGACCUCCUCAAAGACCGGAUACUAGUCGGUCAUGCCGUGCACAACGAUUUGAAGGCGCUUCUACUCUCCCAUCCAUAUCCCUACACACGGGAUACCCAAGUCUUGGCCUACAAGUCCGGACUAACAAAAUCGAAGAGAAUCGCUCUUCGAAAUUUAGUAAAGGAGCAGAUUGGGUUGACGAUUCAAGCGGGGGAGCACUCUAGUGUUACCGACGCCCGUGCUACAAUGGCGGUAUACCGGCUACACAAAAAGGAAUUCGACAAGUCCAUGGGUGCCCACCUCUAUCCCCUCCCAACACCAGGUCCAUCCCAACCUUCCGCUCAAAAACGAAAACGCGCGGAAUCUGAAGUGGGGGAUGAAGACGAUGAGGAGGAAGAGUCGACCUUAGCCUCUGGGAAGGGCAAAUCGAAGAAGAAAAAGGCCAAGUCGCCUAACCCACUGGAUCCUGGACAGGGAAGGAAAGGUGUGUCGUCGGGGCUUUCGACGAUUAUUCGUCGUCCGGGUCAGAAGAAGGAUCAGCAGAAGAAGCAGUGGUGGAAGGAACUUCCAACAGCCGCUUCAGGUGCGAAAACUUCGUUCAAGAUGAGCAAGGCGUAG